AUGAAAAUUUCUAACAAGGUCUUUGUUCAACUAUUCGACAAGUCUGUGACAAAGACGAUUGGUCAUCUGAAGUCAGUGCUAUCCGACGGCUCACUGCAAGAUGUGAGAGUUUUACUGAUGGUUGGUGGUUAUUCUGAAUCGCCCAUAUUGCAAGAUGCAGUAACAGAAGCAUUUCCUGGUAUUAAAGUCGUAAUACCUGUGGGCGCUUCAUCAGUCGUUUUAAGAGGUGCUCUAAUAUAUGGACACAAUCCUACGUCAGUAAGUGAGAGGAUUCUCAAGUAUACCUACGGCAUUAAUUACGCACCUCGUUUUAUAGAGGGAGUUCACCUAGAGAGCAAACGAUUUGAAACACCAGACCAUUGUAUUAGAUGUGAUCAUGUCUUCGGCAAAUUUGUUACAACGGGACAAACCGUGAAAACGGGCGAAACACAAAAAACAAGGAGAUAUGGUACAUUUAACCAGACUAAUGUGUUGGUUAAAAUCUAUGCUUCAGAGAGAGAAGACCCCGUUUACUGUGAUGAUGAUGGAUGCCUUGAGAUAGGAAAACUAAUGAUAGAGUUUGAUGAUGAAAAUAAUAAAAGUAUGAGAGAAGUUUCCCUGUCUAUGUUGUUUGGUGGGACGGAAAUCACUGUUGAAUUGGAAGACAAAUGUACUGGUAAGAAGAAAAUAACCUCUGUUGAUUUUCUUGGGUAA